GACCCGACGAAAUUUUCCGCCUCGCCCCGCUGGUCCGUGCUCGGUCCCUCUCCUCCCCCGUGGCCGCCCGCCCGCCCCCAGAAGAAAAAGGCGGAUCUAGGGUUUGCUCGGCCUUCGUUCUUCUUGGGCCGAGCCCCAAUCCCGCACCGCCCGCCUCGAGUUGGAUCUCCGCCCGCCGGCCCCCCUCCGCCUCCGCUUUUGGGUUCCAUCAGAUAAUCUUUCAUAGGAUGGGCGAACCAAAUGGCAAUGAAAAUGCUAUGGUGCAUGAGAGUGAAAUGGUUGUUGAUGAUGAGAUGAUCCAUGGCAAUGAAAUGGUUCACAGUGGCGAGAUGAUCCAUGAGCAUGAUAUGGUUCAAGGGAAUGAGAUGGUUCAUGGUGACGAGAUGGUGGAAGGGAGUGGGAUGGUCCAUGAUGAUGAGAUGAUCCAUGGUAAUGAGAUGAUUCAAGUUAGUGACAUGAUCCAUGGUCAUGAGAUGGUUCAAGUGAAUGACAUGGUCAAUGGUGAUGAGAUGGCCCAUGGUCACGAAUUGGUCAGUGCUGAGGUGACCCCACCAACCAUAUCAAGACGCCGGAGAAAGAAGUCAUUAGUAUGGGAGCACUUUACUAUUGAACCUGUUCCUGGGGAGAGGGGAUGCCAACGUGCAUGCUGCAACCUAUGCAAGGCAACCUUUGCAUACAGUUCUGGCACAAAGAUAGCAGGUACUAGCCAUCUCAAGAGGCACAUCACGCUUGGCUCUUGCCCUAUGAUAAAAAGCCAAGAGAGGAAGCUGGCAAUGAGUUCAAUUGGAGGAGUGACUGACAACGAUGGUGAGGGUACCGUAGAACGUCCUUCUAAGAGGCGUUACAGAUAUACUGGCUUUGCAAAUGCUACAUUUGAUCAAGACCGUAGCAGCUCACAUCUGGCGAAGCUUAUCAUUUUGCAUGACUACCCACUUCAUGUUGUUCAACAGCCAGCCUUCACUGCUUUUACUGAUAGCCUGCAGCCUCGUUUCAGGGUUGCGGAUGUUGAAACAAUGGAGGCAGAGGUGUAUGGUGUUUACCAGAAAGAGAAAAACAACCUAAUGCAAGCAUUGAACACUAUGCCUGGAAGGAUUAGCCUCACCAUAGGAUUGUGGACAACUAGUCAGACUCUUGGCUAUGUUUCUAUAGCUGGGCAGUUCAUUGACACGGAUUGGAAAGUGCAUCGAAGAAUGCUUAACUUCAUGAUGGUGUCUUCUCCUCAUUCGGAGAAUGCACUUGGUGAAGCUAUUAGCUCAAGCCUUACCGACUGGAACAUGAAGGACAAGCUAUUCACCGUCACAUUGGAUAAUGAUUGCUCAUCACAUGAUAUCUACAGUGCAAAUCUGAGAGAUCAUCUCUCCAAUAAGAACAACCUGAUGCUUAAGGGCCAGCUGUUUGUUGUGAGGUGCUAUGCCAAUAUCCUCAAUGCAGUUGCACAUGAUGUCAUUGCUUCAAUCCAUGGUGUGAUCUACAGUAUCCGUGAAAGUAUAAAGUUCAUAAAAGCUUCUUCUGCCCGUGAGCAGAGGUUUGCUGAGAUUGCUCUGCAGCUGGAGAUUCCCAGCACUAAGACCCUGUGCCUUGAUGUUACAACACAGUGGAAUACCACUUACCUUAUGCUGCUUGCUGCCUUGGAUUAUAGGCAGGCAUUCACCACAUUGGAGACAUGUGAUGAUAACUACAACGAGUCACCUUCUGCAGAAGACUGGAAGAAGUUGGAAGCUGCCUGCAAUUAUUUGAAAUUUCUGUAUGAUUCUGCACAUAGCAUCAUGGCUGCGGCAAAUCCAACUUCUAACUUAUUUUUCCAUGAGGCGUGGAAACUUCAGCUGGAACUGUCAAAUGCCAUAACCCAUGAAGAUCCAGUUUUCAGUAGCAUCGCCAAAGAAAUGCAUGAGAGGUUUGACAAGUACUGGAAGGAUUGCAACCUUGUUCUAGCCAUUGGUGUUGUCAUGGACCCUCGACCGAACUGA